UGUGUCAGUGAGAGGACAGAAGAGCUCACAUCAGUUCAGCUUCAACAUCAACCAUGUUCUCUGUAGCUCUGAUACUGCUGCUGGCAGCUGGAUCCUGUGUGUACAGUAUUGAUCUCAUCCAGCCAGAGUCAAAGGUUGUGCAGCCUGGACAGUCUUUGACCAUCACCUAUCAGGUCUCUGGUUAUUUUCUGACUAGUAGCAGCUAUGGAACAGGUUGGAUCAGACAGCGUGAAGGAAAACCAAUGGACUGGAUUUUCCAUCAGUGGGGUGGAAGCGGUAGCAGCUUUUGGCAAAAUGAUGCUCUGAAGAACAAGUUCAGCUACAACAGAGACAUGUCUGCUGGAACAGUGACUAUAACAGGACAGAAUCUGCAGCCUGAGGACACAGCUGUUUAUUACUGUGUACGUUAUACUAGUGGCUGGGGUUACGGCUACUUUGACUACUGGGGGAAAGGGACACAAGUCACAGUAACCUCUGUCACUUCAAAUGGACCAACUGUGUUUCCUCUGACGGCAUGUGGUUCUGGGACUGGAGACAUGAUCACUCUUGGCUGCCUUGCCACCGACUUCACACCCUCCUCACUGACUUUCGCAUGGACCAAAGCUGGGACUGCCUUGACGGAGUUCAUUCAGUACCCUUCAGUACAGAAAGGCGACCUCUAUACGGGAGUCAGUCAAAUCCAAGUGAGGAGACAGGACUGGGAUGCAAGGCAGACUUGGCAGUGUGCUGUGACACAUGUUGCGGGAAAUGCAGGUCCAGUUGACUUCACAAAGCCAAAGGUGAUUUGUCAGUUGCCAACUCUCAAAGUGUUGGCCUCCUCUGAAGAGGAGAACGAGGUUUCCUUCUCCUGCUUUGCCAAAGAUUUUUCACCAAAAGAUUAUGAGAUCAAAUGGCUGAAAGAUGGAGUGGAAAUCACCGACAAAAUAUAUGAGAUCAAAACACCUAUUGAUGAAAAACAGUUUGACAAUGGAACUAAGCUGUACAGUGCAUCAAGUUUUCUAACAAUGAAGUCCUCUAAAGUUCCUCCAAAGACUAAACUUACAUGCAGGUUUAAAGGGAAAAAUGAGAUAUGUGAUGGGUUCAUUAAUUCAACUCUGACCUACGGGUGUGAAUGGAAGUGAGUAAAUUUCUAAGUUUAUCUUAAAAUUUUUAUG